AUGGCUUCCUCCAGCAACUACUCUAUCCUUUUCUUGUUCAUAGCAUUACUGUCCUUAUCAAGCAUCACUACAACACAUGCUGCUCGCGGCCUACUUCAACUUCGGAACUUGCCUACAAUCCCAUCAUUGCCUCAGCCAACAAUGCCACAAUUGCCUACAAUCCCAAAUUUGCCAACAGCAGCCACAUUGCCACCAUUGCCAAGUGCUGCAUCUUUGCCAACACUUCCAACAACUACACCUAAUUUACCAUCUUUGCCUACAUUGCCUUCUGUACCAAAGAUGACUCUACCACCAAUGCCUGCCAAUAGUCCUCUUCCCAGAAUGCCGUCACUUCCUACCAUUCCUACACUUGCAACUCCUCCAUCAAACUGA